AUGCCCAAAAAAGGUGUCCAGAGUUUGAUAUGCUGUGUUUGCGGUGAUAAGGCUAUCGCUUUUAAUUUUGGCGUUCAAUCGUGUGAAUCGUGUAAAGCAUUCUUUAGGAGAAAUGCGUUCAGAGAUCAUACAUUUAGCUGUUAUUUUGAUAACAAAUGUGAAGUCGAUGUCAUAAGGCGACGAUUCUGCCGCAAAUGCCGGUUAAGGAAAUGCUUUGAAGUCGGAAUGAAUACUGCAUACAUCUUUUCUGACGAACAAAAAAACAAACGAAAGGCUAUUGUCGAAGAAAAUCGGCGUAAAAGUAAAGUUAAUAAUGAGUUGAAUGCCAUUCACUCGUCCAACACAUCAUCGCAAACACAAUCGGAUUCAUCACUCAAUGAUACAAACAAUAUUGAGGAGUCAUAUGAUGAGGACUUUCCAAUGAUUCCUAUAGCUAACCAAAUCACUACUUAUGACAAGAAUUUAAAUCAAAUAGAAAUGAAUCGUUUGGCGGAACUGUUAAACGCGACCCAAAAAAUCAGAGAUCCGGUCAGCAAAGUAACAUCAGAGGCCACAGUAUAUCCAGAAGUACGACAAACUUUUGCUAUUAAAGGGGAACAGGAGAUCAAACGUUUUGCACUGAUGUGCAGACAUUUGAGUGCAUUCACCGGUAUCUGCGAUGAGGACAAGAUCUCCCUUUUGAAAGCCGGUUGCGUUGAGAUCGUACCGAUGCGGUCACUCAUUGCUUAUAAUAAUGAGCGUCAAUAUUGGGCUAUAGUUUUGGAUUCAAAUAAUACAACUAUAAUUACGUUGGAAUCGUUGAAAAAGUGUAACCAAAAUGUGUAUGAAAUCAAUAAGAAUUUCUUCACUAAAUUCGGUGGUGAAUGGGAUUUCGAUUCAAUCAUUUUAGACCUGCUGACUGCCGUGGCAUUGUUCACACCGGAUCGGCCCAAUAUUAUACACAAAAAUGUGGUUAAGCUUCAACAGCAAAUGUAUAUCCAUUUACUUCGACGAUAUUUAAGACUCAAAUAUAGCGAUACAUAAAUGAAUGCAAAGUUUGCGACAUUAAUGAAAUGUUUGAGAGAAU